GUGUCAUAAAAGAGUAGGAGAAAAGUGCGGAAGUGAUGUCACUGCAGAUCCCUAGCCUACUCUUCACUCUGACAGUGAAACUGAAAGAACAGUAGGCCUAACAGAAGAAACAAAAUAAAUUGAGAUUGUUUCACAACAUGGCUAUGAACUGUCGAAUAGAUGAUGUAAUGGGACUUUGCUGUAAGAUAUCAGAAAACAGGAAAAUAAAAGCAACAGUACAUAACUCCGCGAAAGGAGGUGUAACAGCUGGAGGAGGGGCUUUUAUAGGGGGACUUCUUGGAGGGCCACCCGGUAUUUUCCUUGGUGCGACUAUAGGAGGUGCACUGGGAUGGUGGAUGACCAGUGGUAAAUUCCAACCUCUUCAUCAGAUCAUAAUUGAGCUUCCUCCUCAACAGAAGAAGAAACUCUAUGAUGAUGUCAUGGCAGUAUUAGGCAAACUGGACUGGAUUGAUCUUGCUCAACUACUUCUUCUUGUAAUGGGGAAUUCCUCGCUGCAAAUGCGUGUAGUCAGUACCAUACUCACUUUUGCCACAAAAGAGCUCGGAGCCAAAGUACAGUAUGAAGAUUAGGAUAUUGGAGAGUAAAUGUUAGUUUUACUGUUUAUUUCAGAGACAUAGUUAAAUAAUCAGGCUGCAUUUUAUAGAAACACGUACAAUGAAAAGUACAUUUAUUGUUCAAGAGUAAUGGAGAAAUAAUCUUCCACAGUCCAAAACUUGUGUAAAUUCAUCUAAAUUUAUGCAUUCGUUUUAGCAUACUUAACUUUUGUUGCAAGUAUUUGUUAAGUCCAAAUAAUAAAUAAUACAUUGAUAUAUUUUGAGUCAUGAAUAUUAAGACGUUUUUAGAGCUACCCCAUUUAGUGUGCAUUAUAAUAAAAUAGUCUAAAUAUUUUAAUUAAAUGAAAUGUAUGAUAAAAUGUUUUUGCAUUUAAAUAUAUUUCUGUAACCAAAUAGAUCUGGUCAUCUAAAAAUCUCCAUUGACCUAGUUAAUUUCAAAGACAGACCUCUAUUUAUUUUUAAAUAAAAUCUAAUUUAAUUUUCCAGAAAGUUGUCAAACUAAUUUUUUCCAUUUGCAUUGCAUAUUUGAAGAUAUGUCUCAGAAGACAGACAUUUUUUACAUUAUGUAUCUGAUUAUCAGUUAUGGCCAACAGUGAUGUGCAAUAGAGUAAGGCCAAAAUUUUAGCUCCUGUUGACUAUAGGCCAAAAUGAGCCGUUUUUUUUAACAAUCUCAGUUGCUUAAUGCUCUCAGACCUUGUCCGACUAAACACAUUCAAAAGGUGUUAUUAUACCAAAGGGCAGUGAACAUUUCCUGCUUCACAACAUUCUCCUGUGACGCAAAAAAGGAGGACUGUAAACAACGCAUCAUACAAAUCUCACAAAUAUGUCGUACUUGGUUUUGUAAUGUAUUUAAAAUAUACUUGUUUAGAUUUAUGUAUUUAAAAAAUCGAAUGGGUAAUUAAAAGUAUGUAAUUAAAUAUUUUUCUUACCCACAACAAGAUUUCCUUGAAGUUAUGAGGCAAUUCUGUUCUGUGGUAAGGUGCAGUUCAUAUGGCUUGGUAGAAAGCAGACCCACAAUUUCUUUGAAAAGUGAGAGAACAUAAGCUAUGCAGAACUAAAACAGAGGAAACAUAUUUAAAUGGUGCAAAAAAAUACAAGUGCAUGUACUGUAUUCUAUAACAAACCAUGUAACUAGAAGUAAAAUUUUAUACAAUUCAGCAAUGACUGAUGGUUUUCUAUCAGCAUUUUUUAAUGCACUUUUAGUGAAAGUGAGGUUGUCAUGGCGGUUGAAUAAUAUAUAUUUUUCAAAGAAAAUGGCAGCUAUUUCCUCAUGUUAAGUUGCAUAAGCAUUACCGUUCAUCUAGGCAACUCCACAUUCAUGCUGGCAUUCAAUGUUAAGACCAUUUAUACAUUUAUAUAAAAAAUUAAUUUAAAAUUUAAAACUUAACAAAAUGGCCAGUAAAAUGUAUUUAUUGUUAAAUAGUUUAGAGGUAGUGUUUCAUACCGCAGGUGAUGUAAUUAAAUUUGGUACAAACAGGUUACAAAUGCUAUUAUGAAAUGUAAGCACAAUUACAUAAUACAUGAUUUGAACUCGUCACUACACUACAAGAGAUUAUUUUAUAUUUCAAAUUAAAGUGCGGUAGCAAACAGGAUGCUGGUUUCUAAUAUAAAUAUAAGAAUAACAAUACGCUGGUUUAGUGAAAAUGCGUUAUGUAUCCAUUAAUGUUUUUUGUAAAACCUGAGUUGGAUUAACAACAAAAAUGUUCAGUUUUGUGAUUGUGUUGAAUUUCUUUACAUUGAAAUUCAGUAAAGUUCCCAUCCUAAGGGGUGUGGCCAGUUUAAUUCUGCUUCAGAUCAGCAACUGAACUAAGGCCCAUUCUGAUUUAUUAAUUUUGCCCCGUCAACACCAGGGUAUUGACAAUUUAGGCCCGGUUUCACAGACAGGGUUUAGCUUAAGCCAGGACUAACCCUUAGUUAAAUCAGGAGUUACUUUUAUAAAAAUGCCCUAGUAAAAAAUUACUGGUGUGCAUCUUGAUACAAAACAAUGGCACUGACAUAUUUUAAGAUGUUUUAGGGUGAGGUAUUUUCAGUUAAGACAGCUCAAACAUUCAUUUUAGUGUGGGACUAGCCUUAAUCCUUGUCUGUGAAACCGGGCAAUAGUUUGAUAAACAGAGAGAAACCCAGGAAACACUCUCUGCACAUUUCUGAAUUAUUGUUGCAUUCAAU